AUGAGAGCCUUGACAGAUGCAGCCAUUGACGAGCCCGAUAUAAUCUCAUUAUCUUUAGGCUCAUACGAUGAUUCGUCAAGCAACCCAAUUUCGGUAUUAGCAUCCAACAUUGCGCAGAAAAUCCCCAUUAUUCUAUCUGGCGGAAAUGGCGGUGAGCUAGGGCUCUUCUAUCCAACAGCUUUUGCAUCAAAUAAAGAUAUCAUAUCAGUUGGAUCAGUGUCUAGUCUCCAGGGCAUAAGCUGGCCUGCAAAAUUGGUUUCAAGCUCGGGAAGCACUUUGGACAUCACAUACUUCACUGGCAACGAUACUCAAUGGAAUUUUACAGGGUCGUUUCCUGUUCAUAUUUCGGAACACGACAUCUGCCAGCUAGCAUCAGGCAGCGAUGGUGUCAAGAGAAAUCUGUUUCAAAAGAGAAACUACCAAUCAAACAGCAUUCUUUUAGCAAAGGCAAACGAUAACAACUGCUCGCAGCACAGUUUAGAAAGUGCUGGUGACUUUAAAUACAGAAAUAUAUUGAUGUACACUGCAGAUGCCGAGAAUUACAAUUUCACAGACAACUACUCAUCUAACUUGGUGUCUGCACUCGCACCAGAUACAUUGAAUCUUGCCACAGUCAAGAAAGUGGUGUCUUCGUGGGUAGAAAAGGAGUUAUUAUUGGGCAAUUUUGUUACCUUGGAGAUCUCAGCUGCCGACGAGAUGAGUCCCUAUCCUCUUGAGUCGCUAGGUGCUGGGAAAAUAAGUGCGUUUUCGUCGUGGGGUCCAACGUUCACAAAUGAUUUUUAUCCAGUUAUCUCAGCUCCUGGUGCAGACAUAUUUGGGCAGGGGUUGAACCAAACCAGGUCCAUGAAUGGUACGUCUCUAUCUGCUCCAUAUAUUGCUGGUGUGAUUGCACUCUACAAGAGUGUGUUUCCAUAUGCCACUCCAGAGGAAAUCAGGAACAAGCUUGUUGCCACUGCGUCGACAUUGUCGUUGUACAACGAGGUUGGCAAGUCUGAAGAGAAGUUGGCUGCUCCUUUGAAUCAGCAAGGGGCUGGGUUGGUAAAUGCCUUGAGCUUUGUUGACUACUCGUCGACAAUCACAUCCAACCCGCUACUAGUUCUUAAUGAUACAGACAACAGGGUGUCUGAGCACUUGGUGACAGUGUACAAUGGUGGAUGCGAAGACGUGAUGUAUGUUUUGUCACACGAAGGCGCUGCUACAAUCAAGGCCAGAAACAAGGAGGAUGGGUUUCCACAGGUGUACUAUCCAGAGUACGACACCAGCGAGGCCCACAUCAAGUACUCAUUGAGCUCGUUCACUUUGCAGCCCGGCGAGUCAGCGAAUGUGACAGUCGACAUCACAGCUCCAGUGUCAAACAUCACAGAUGGGUAUUUGUUCUCAGGAAAGAUUGUAGUCACUGGCUCCAAUGGCGAGAUUUUGAAAGUGCCCUAUAUGGGGGUUGAGUUGUCUACCAGGGACUGGUUGGGUGUGGAAGCAUAUUGCAUUGCUAAUGAAAAUGGGGAACUUGUUGAUUUGGCUGAUACCAGUCGUAUUUACGAUGUGCAAAGCUACGACACAUUCUCGAUAUACUACAGAAUUGGAUUUGGCUCUCCAACAUUUGCAUUUGACUUAGUGACGUAUGAUUACGAGCUUUCAGAUUUCAGCUAUCCACCAGAAAACAAUGCCAAGUGGGUAGGGCCCAUCGAACUAUGGAAUGGAAACGAUCAGUUUUCNGUUUUAUCGCAGAACAGUCCUAGCAGAUUCAACGACUUUGUAUAUGGUGAAGUUAGUGGUCUUGGUGAUGGGCAACCAUUUCCAAAAGGAAAGUACAAGAUUUUAAUUCGUUCAUUGCGACCAUUUGGUGACGAAAAUAAUUAUGAUGACUGGGAAUUGUCGAUGUGUGCUGGUUCUGUGAUCAAUGUGUUUGACAACUCCAAACCAGAAACAACUACAAAAACAAACAUUGAUGCAAGCAUUGUUACUGAAACUCCAAUUGAUUCACGAUUUGAAUCUUCUGAGAACACUUAUAUUCAAGAAAUCACUGAUCAAACACCGCAAUUAGUUUUGGAAUCAUCAAAUGUUUCCUCAAAAAGUACCCUGGUUGUUUCUCAGUUGCUCGCUUCAAAAACGACUUCGAUGCCUUUGAAUGGAAAAUCCUCAUCAAUUUUUUCAUCCAUUAUUCCUCCUCUAUCCCCUUCUUUGGUAUCUUUUAUAAAUGUUGUACCAACCACAUCCUCUAUUUUAGAAGGUGCAUUUUAUUCACUAAGUUCAUUAUCAAGUUCAUUAUCAAGUUCAUUAUCAAGUUCAUUAUCAAGUUCAUUAUCAAGUUCAUUAUCAAGUUCAUUAUCUAGUAGAAACUCCAAAACUUUACCUAGCUCAUUUUCUAACUUCAUAUCCAGCUCCUCACUGAGUACUGAAGAUAAUUUAAUUAUUAUAUCAUCAAGUUCUUUUAUUUCAUUAUCUAAGUUAUCCUCAAGUUAUUUGCCAAUCAUUUCUAGUAGUUCCGUCAGUUCAUCAUCCAGUCCAUCUUCCCGAUCCUCUUCCAGUUUCAGUUCAUCUACUUCAUCCUUCAGUUCAAUCACAUCUUUUGGUUCACCUUUCAUCUCCUCUUCUAGUUCAUUUACCGGUUCCUCUUUCAGUUCAAUAACAUAUUCUAGCUUUUCAUCAACUAUAAUAACUACUUCUUCAAGUUCUUCAAUACUGACAGCCUUUGAAACCUAAAGUUUUAGGGACCACUCAUCAAUAUUAAGAGUAGAUCUUUUGAUGUUCCCAAUAAUAUUAUGAUUUGCUCAUUUUUUUCUACCUUUUCGAUAUUUUUUUAACUGAAUUUUUAUUUAUCCUAAAUAUAUAUGGAGGGUUUUUGCGUUCCUUUAUUUAUUAAUUAAUCUUAUUUAAUUUGUAGUUAGAAUUCUGUAGUUAGAACUUUAAAUAGAUAUCUUGUUCAAAUUUAAAACAGAAUUUUUAAUCUUCCAAUUUGAUUGAUUGAUCAAGAAUCAAUCAAAAAAAAACAUAAGCAAGGAGGAUCUCCCAUAAAAUGAAAACCAC